AUGCAUAUCUUAGGAACUAAUAGGUUUUGUAUUGAUUCUACUCUUUUAAUUGGCACCCAUUGCAAUAACCUGUUAUGCAAGAUUUACGACCCUAAUUACUCAAUAAGUAAUAGUGCCACCAAAUUGUAUCCUAUACGGAAUAAACGAAACUUGUUAUGGAAAAAACCUAGUGAUUUUGACAUCCAUAAACGUCAUUUUGAUUCGGUAUUAGUUGGCGUUAGUACGGAGGGAAUCGUGGAACAAGUGGUGGAAGGAAACCAGAAAAGAUUUAGGUGGAAUGAGAUACGAGAUGGUAUCACGGAAGAACAAAAGUUGGCUAUAUCGAAACUUCCCUUUAAGAUGGUUAAGCGGUGUAAGGCCGUGAUGAGACAGAUUAUAUGUUUUUCUGAAGAAAAGGGAAAAUUGUGCGAUGUUUUGGGGGCUUGGGUGAAGAUUAUGAUGCCUACUAGAGCAGAUUGGCUUUCGGUUUUGAAAGAGUUGAAAAAUAUCGAUCAUCCUCUUUACCUCGAGGUGGCAGAGCAUGCUCUUAUAGAAGAAUCCUUUGAACCCAAUCUUCGCGAUUAUACAAAGUUGAUUCAUUAUUAUAGCAAGGCGAAUCAACUCGAAGCUGCUGAAAAUAUUUUCAUGUUAAUGAAGGAAAGGGGCUUCAUCUGUGAUCAAGUGAUUCUAACCACCAUGGUUCACAUGUACAGCAAGGCUGGCCAUCUUGAACGGGCCGAGGAAUAUUAUGAAGAGAUCAAAUUGCUCGGUGAACCUUUGGACAAAAGAUCAUACGGCUCGAUGAUUAUGGCCUACAUUAGAGCUGGAAUGCCUGAAAAAGGAGAGAGUUUACUUGAGGAAAUGGACGCGCAAGAAAUAUAUGCAGGCAGUGAGGUUUACAAAGCAUUACUUAGAGCUUAUUCUGGGAUCGGUAAUGCGGAAGGCGCGCAAAGGGUUUUUGAUGCAAUUCAGCUGGCUGGUAUUAUUCCAGAUGAUAAGAUGUGUAGUCUUCUUAUUUAUGCCUAUGGUAUGGCCGGGCAAAGUGAAAAAGCUCGAAUUGCAUUUGAAAAUAUGAGAAGAGUUGGUAUCGAACCUACUGAUAAAUGCAUAUCUUCAGUACUUGUUGCUUAUGAGAAGGAAAACAUGCUAAAUACAGCAUUAGAGUUUCUAAUGGAUUUGGAGAAAGAUGGCAUUAUGGUUGAGGAAGAAACUUCUAGAAUACUGGCUGGGUGGUUCCGGAAACUCGGCGUUGUGGAAGAGGUGGAACUUGUUUUAAGAGACUUUGCCACCACUACCGGUCAUCAAAGAAGCUAA